AGUAUUUAGUGAGCUACACAGGAAAUUAUAAAACCUGCAAGCUUGCAGCUAGUAGAAGCCCCUCCCCCUUUCUGACUCAGCACUAUUGACCUUCAACCUCUUCUUCAACCCCUUCACUGACUGAACUGCCUGGUCAUGGAGGAGACCCAACAACAGUCCAGUGUUGCCCCAUCUCUCAUCGGCUGUGGAGCUUUGGAACAGUUUCUGUUGUUGGCCAAGACAGCGCGUGGUCCGGCUGUCAUUGAGCUAGUCCAGCAAGCACUGGAUGCACCUGGUGUGUAUGUGUUUGGGGAGCUGCUAGCCAGCGAGUGUGUCAAGGAGAUGGCCUGUGAUGAGGAGGGGGCCAAGUCUGCCCGACUAUUGGAACUGUUUGCGUACGGAACAUACACUGACUACAAAAAUAAUGCGGCUAUUUUACCGUCCCUCACCCAGACACAGCUCAUGAAGCUCAAGCAUCUUACAAUCAUCUCGUUGGCCUCUAAAUGUCCAAUGAUUCCUUAUUCAACGCUGUUGCAAGAAUUGGAUAUUACUGAUCUACGAGAGUUAGAGGAUUUGAUUAUCGAUGCCAUCUACGCUGGCAUAAUUCAAGCCAAGUUAGACCAGAAAAAUUCACAACUCCAAGUCGAAUGUUUCAUAGGACGGGACAUUAAAGUUGAGAGUAUAGCAUCAAUGGUGGAUAAACUAGAGAGCUGGUGUUCCAACUGUGGCAAUGUGCUAUCAGCCAUGGAGGAACAGAUGCAGAGAGCUAACCAACUCAAGGUAGAGGGCAAUAAAGAAAGAGACAGACAUGACCAAGACGUGAAGCAGUUGCGGCAGUCCCUCAAGAUGUCAGGAGGAGGGGAGGGAGAUGAAGAUAUGAAGGAAUUCGCUGAUCACGUCACGUCAGGGCCAAGGAAGAAAGGACUCAGAGGCAGUGCUGGAAACAAAAUUGGCCGGAAAUAAACCUCUCAUUAUAACUAUAUUUGUUGUAAAAUUAUAUAAUAUUCGUUUUAUUCUCAUGCACGAUAAUAAUAUAAUUGUACUGUUGUCUGUUGUGUUCAAGUUUAUGACAUUUUUGAAUAAUUCAUGA